UUAAGGAGGGGAGAAGGGUGAAGGGAGCAAGUUUGGAAUUGGAGGUGGAGGCUCGAGAGAAAGAGACGAUGGAGGCGUUGAAGGUAGUGACCGUCGCCUCGUCCCGGCCAUUCGCUUUGAAGCGCCUAAUCGGCAAUUUUGUUUCUUCUAGAACCGUAAAACCCUCCAAAUUCUUCGUUCGCUGCUCCUCCUCCUCCAGUACCACUUCUGACUCCGCCAGAGUCGCCGGCCGGAACCGGAGGUCCUCCUCCUCCUCCUCUUCUUCCACUUCCGACAGAGAAGCAGUUCGCUCCAUCCGCCUCAAGAAGGUUGAAGAACUGAGGACCAAAGGCUUUGAGCCCUAUGCUUAUAACUGGGAAAGGACUCAUUCUACUAGUCAGCUGCAAGAUAUAUAUAGGCAUCUGGGCAAUGGUGAAGAGUCAAAUAGUGAGAGUGAUUUUGUAUCUAUUGCAGGAAGGAUUGUAGCUCGUAGAGCUUUUGGAAAGCUUGCCUUUUUAACUUUAAGGGAUGAUUCAGGGACAAUCCAGCUUUAUUGCGAGAAGGAAAGGCUUAUAGAUGAUCAGUUUGAGCAGUUGAAAACAUUUGUUGAUAUAGGCGAUAUACUUGGUGCAAGUGGAUCAAUGAAGCGGACAGAAAAAGGAGAGCUUUCUGUUAACCUGAAGUCAUUUUCAAUUCUUACAAAAUCCCUGCUCCCACUGCCAGACAAAUAUCAUGGUCUAACUGAUGUGGACAAGCGUUACCGCCAACGAUAUGUAGAUAUGAUUGCAAACCCUGAGGUAGCUGAUAUAUUCCGAAAAAGAGCAAAGAUUGUGUCAGAGAUACGGAAAACAGUGGAAUCUUCAGGCUUUGUUGAAGUUGAAACACCAGUAUUACAGGGUGCAGCUGGUGGAGCAGAAGCUAGGCCAUUUGUUACAUACCAUAAUUCCCUUGGGAGGGAUCUUUAUUUAAGAAUUGCAACAGAGCUUCACUUAAAGAGAAUGCUGGUUGGAGGAUUUGAAAAAGUAUAUGAAAUGGGCCGAAUAUUCCGAAAUGAAGGCAUUUCAACUCGUCAUAAUCCUGAAUUUACCACGAUAGAGAUGUAUGAAGCAUAUUCAGACUACCAAAGCAUGAUGAACAUGGCAGAAGAAAUAGUGACUCAAUGUGCUCUUGCUGUCCAAGGAAAGCUUAGAAUUGAUUAUCAGGGAGUAGAAAUAUGCUUAGAACGACCAUGGAGGAGGGAAACCAUGCACAACCUUGUAAAAGAAGUUACUGGAAUUGAUUUCAUUGAAUUUGGUGACAAUCUGAGAGCUGGUAAAGAAGCUGUUAUUAAGGCACUCAGUGCCCACCUUGAAGAUAAAGACAAACAUUCUAUUGAAGCAUGCCCUUCCGUUGGCCAUGUGCUCAAUGAGGUUUUUGAGACUCAGGUAGAACCAAAGUUGCUACAGCCUACAUUUGUUUUGGACUACCCUAUUGAGAUAUCUCCUUUGGCCAAGCCACAUCGAAGGCAUGCAGGGCUGACUGAAAGAUUUGAGCUCUUUAUUUGUGGUCGUGAACUGGCAAAUGCAUUCUCCGAACUGACUGAUCCUGUGGACCAAAGAGGUCGCUUGGAAGAGCAAGUGAGGAAACACAACAAAAAGAGAACGGCAGCAAUAUCUGAAAUGAAUGAUUCAGAAGGGAAAGGACAUAAAAGUGACGAUGACUCUUAUGAGGUGACCCUGGAUGAAGACUUUCUGACAGCCUUGGAAUAUGGAAUGCCUCCAGCUUCAGGAAUGGUAUGGUCAUCACUGAUUCUUAUGGCCUUGGAGUUGACAGGCUAGUAAUGCUCCUGACAAAUUCUGCCAGUAUCCGCGACGUCAUUGCAUUUCCCGUCCUCAAGAUUCAGCAGUAGUGAUGCAAAAUUUCUGGUGGAAGAUGCUCUGAUCUGCUUUAUUAGCAGUUGUUGAGAAGUUCGCGCAUGGAGGUUUAUGGCUCCUCAAACUCAAAAUGGUGAGUUCAAGCUUUGCUUCACUCCCUUCUUUUUCACGAGCAAUGCAAUGGUAAUUGAUAAAAGCAAUAACCCUGAUUUAUUGCCGAUUUAUGCGGCUUUUAGGAAGUAGGAUUAGGAUGGCAGCCGAGUUCAGGUCAUGAUGGUUCAUGAUAUACUACAAAAUUUUGUUUGUUUUAUCUGCAGAAGCAGCUUACUGUUAUUGAUCAUUCGUGUAAUAUGUUCUUAAUUGAUGAAUAAUUUUUGUCAUUAAUCAUAAUACUCCAUCUGAUAUUUAUAAGAUUAAGGCUUGUAAUUGUUGUUA